AUACAAAUUAACAGAGUGUCCCUGAAGGCAGCACCAGGUUCACUCUCACGUCGUUGCGCCUUAAUUGAAAAAGAGGAAUACUGAAGCUUUGUUAUGACUUUAGAGGGAGGCAGCACAUUCAGCUCAUUGUUUCUUUUUAAUGUAUCCCCCCCUUCCUCUCUCUCCCUCCCUCUCUCACCGUCUCCCAUCUCCCCCCAGUGCCAAACUGGGAGCCUGUCUCUAUGACAACGUGGUGCAGGCGGGGUUUGCCAGCUGGAGGCAGAGUCGAUCAGUCCUCUUCAGUUGGCAUCGGUGCUUCGAAAACCUCCACACCGCAUCACGCCCUGAGUGGAAUGGAAGACAAGGACAAGAAAGAGCAUGUAUGUAGCUGCGCUUUUCUCCGCCUUUGCUGCAUGAAAAACAUAAUUUCUGCGCAUUUUCACUCACCGGGUUCACUACUGUUGCAUUGAUAGUUUGUCCAGCUGAGUCACGGAUUGUUAAAAACGUGGUUGACUGAAGCUUUUGUUCAGAUCGGGCAGCUUCACUUAGAUGAACAUAAGAUCAGGAUGCAUGAUGAAGAAGCGUCCCUCUAUAAAAGCUUCAGUGUUGUCAUAUUGAGCAGCACAGGCCUCAUCCUCACCCUCAUCUCCUCCUCACCUCUUUUUGUUUCACACAGGGGGAGUACACCGGAGAGAUAAAGGGCGGGCUGCGGCCUUCAAUGAAGCUGGUAGUUAUGGGAAUUAUCAACAAGAAGCCUAAAAGGUAAACACACACACACACACACACACACACACACACACCUGUUUUUACAUUAUGGAGAAACUGUUGCACACAUGACGUGGCAGCCAGUGGAAAUAGGUGAACAAAUAAUGUCCAGGCUUGUUGCAGAUCUGCAGCUGGAGUCUGUGUUUGAGUGCCAACCACCCAGCUAGACCCUGUUUUAGAAAAAAAAACAUCUUUGCAAUGCCAGGCAGUGCGUCUCCUAAUUAUAGGUUUCUCUGGAAGUGCGUGGGAGAGCUGCAAAAUCCCAUGAAAACUGAGGAGUCAUACUGGAAUUCCUCCAGUCGAUAAGAUCAGCUGCUGUUUUUUCACUCAGUCAUCGGGUAAAUGUUUGAUAAAGGAUCAAAACUCAGGGUACAGGCUUCAAGAAAAUAAGCAGAACUUUCUUUAUGUGUCAGGAGAGACUUAUUUUUAGCUGCAGGAAACACCGAGAAGGUUUUCAGGACAAAAUCUCCCAAAGGACCGUGAAUGUAAAAUGUUUCUUUUUGGGAGAUUUUACUUUUUUUAAAUCUAUCAGAGAUGCUGAAACACUUAAUUGAAGUUAAAAGAUGAGCCAAACUCCUACCAGGGGUGUGACAUUAAGUAUGUGUGCAAACUCCUUUAUCCCAUCUACAACUAUUCUGAUAUCUACUUAUCAAGUAUCAUACGGAUGUAAAAUUGCAUGAUAAAGUAGUUCCUGUGCAAAAGAUUUCUAGUUUGUUUCUAAAAGCCCAAACAAAAGAACAUUUUCUUAGUUUAAAUGCAAAUAAAUCGACUCACAGCCUGUUGCAACGCCUUCCAAAUACUUCUCUUUAACAGGCCCCGCGAGGAAACUCUGUAGAGACGGUGGAAUAAAUGUAGAGAGUUAAAGAGGUCACAUUUUUAUACAUUACUUUACCCCAACUGGAUUAUAAUAAUAUUAAUAAUAAUGAUAAUGAUAAUCCAUUAGGGCUGGGACAGUAUGCUUUUCUCCCGAUUUGAUUCUUCUAUGAUUUUUUGGAUGCCGAUUCUAUUAAAAUUACAAUUCUACGAUAUUGUCAAUUCUCUCUAUUUUUAAUCUGUAUUUUUAACACCAGUGAAAACUGUUGAUGUUUAUGAUUGUCUACUGAAUAUUCCAGGAACCAUAUUUCCCCCAAUCACACAUCAUAUGAAAGUCAGUUUUUAAGAUUUAUUCUUAAAUUGGAAAAAAAAAGAUUUUAAGACUUUAAAAACAAAAAAUCGUGAUACUUCUGUGAAUCGAUUCUCUCUCCCGCCCUGAUAAUCUGUAUGGGGGCAUUUAGAAGUCCUUUACCUUGUUUUUAAUAGGAGUAAACAUUUAAUUCACUCUGGUUUGUUUUCUAGUCUGUGUCAUUGAACGCAACAUUAGUGCAUUACAGAUGAAGACCAGAAGAUGUCACUGUGCUCCAAAAAUAUCCUCAGAAGUUCACAGAUGAUUGGAGGAAAAGUUAGGAAAAAAAUACUCAACUUUAAAAACCCCAAUGUGAACCAAAAAAGACCUGCUCUGAAAAUGAUCUGUGUUAAAUAAAAUAUCCUGUCAACUCUCUACUGUUACAGCUAAUGUUUUAAUUAUAAUUUAAAAACUAAUUUAUUCAUUUAAAAUGAAAUAUUUACUGUUAUUGAAGUUCAGUGAGGUGACUGCACUCAGUAAAUAUUCGUCCUCUGUUGGAGCAGCAUGGAGGUGACUCUGUCCAGCCACCCUCAGGAGGAGGAGGAGGAGGGCGACGUGGGUCUUCAGCUGAAGGUCAGCUUCAUGGACAAAGCCGUCCAACGAAACGCCCGCCUGGCCGGAAAGUGGGGAAAAGCUGAAAACACCCUCUCCUUCUUUCCUUUUGCAGCUGGAGAAUCAUUCAAGGUACUUUUGGACUUUAACUAAACAGAUCUGACCUCUACUUCAGUGGUUCUCAACUGGUGGGUCCCACCCUAAAAGUGGGUCGCGGACAUGUUCUGGAUGGGUCACGAACAGCUGGUCAAAAAGCUGAUAUAUGUAACUUCAGUAGUUGUCAUCUUCAUGUUGUCCUCUUCAUGUGCUCUGAAAUGAACUUUACUCAAUAAAACAAGUGGAUUUAUGUUAAAUAUUUGAGUCUUUAAAGGUUGUUUUUUAAUAAAAAUACAUUUGCUCGGUUUGAAUUCUAUAAAAGUGGGUCGAGACCAGUUGGGAACCACUGCUCUACUUUAUCUUAAACUUUCUCCUCUUCUUCACCUCUGACCCUCAGAUGGAGAUCGUCUGCGAGCACCAGCAGUUUCGUAUCCUCGUGGACGGUCAGCCUCUGUGCGGCUUCACCCACCGCUUCUCGCCGCUCGCCUCCCUCACUGCCUUACGAGUCUUUGGAGAUCUACAGCUCACCAAGGUGGCCUAACGGCAGGAGCAGAACAGAAAGGAAGUUCUGGGACAGUACAUACGUGACAUUAGAGCCAGUUUUUCAGAGAGUAAAUUAACCCAUGAUGGAAGUUUAACCUGCCUCGUAAUCCCGAGUUAAGACUAAGUGCCUUCAUUAGAUUACCUAUUUGGAGACUUGAUUACAACGACCGACAGUCAUAAAUGUCUUGACUAAACCCAAGAAUGUGAUCCGACCCGAGUUUAAAGCCGAUGCGGUGUAAGCGACAAUAACUUCCCUGAAUAAACGAACACAACAUGACGCUGCAUCGGUUCUUCAUGCGUUAAAAUCUCAGACGUCCGUCUUUGAUUUCUCUGGAGUUAACUUUUGAAAGCACUUAACGUUACGAGCGCCUGCAUGAAGAUGAAUGUUCCCAAAAAAAAAACAUUUGAUUGUCCCGACUAAGUACUGUAAUAUUUGUAACGCACUAUGUUUACAUGGCGGCCAUUUUUCUUUGACAUCUCGGUCAGGGUGAGAGGGUUUAACUACGUCACAAAGCCAAGAGAGGGUAAGGGCCAUAUUUCACCGUAAAACGAUAUAUUCGAUUAGCUGCUUCUGUUAGUGUUUAACCACUUAUUUACAGAAGCUAGAAAUUUACAACUUACUUUCUAAUCAUGUCAUAAUAUUCAGUUAACAGCUAAGAAUUAGGUUAGAAGACAACAGUUCAUUUAUUUGUACAAUUACCUAACAGUUUACGCCAGAAGAAACUUAAAGCGACAGAGUAGAAAAGCCUAAAACUGCAGUACCACGAGUGGCCACUUGGUGUCAGCUCCCGAAUUGAGUUAAUUCCUACUGAACCUGAUGUAAAAAUGGCAGAAGUUACUUUUUUUGCCAAAUCAGGUCCUGAAUUUAACGUCUAGCAGAGUCGGUGUCUAGGUAUUGUUUUUAUCGUCACAGUUACUGAAUGAAAAUACAGAUCGCCGUUUAGCGUGUUUUACCAAUUGUUUGCUUAAACUUAAACAGCUUGAAAAGGAAGUCUAACAACCACAGGGGGGACGCCAUGAUGGCUACAUCAACAAUUUUUACCAUUUAUGAAUAAACUAAGACAUCGUAUGAUAGCUAGCUACCAUGGAGGAAAGCUAACGUAAGCUUUCGCGACUUUCUAGCGCAGCUUUUCCUACUGUCGUACUGUUGUAACAACUUUCUCGCCUACUAAGACGUAGCUUGAUUCUAACGUUAGCAUUAAUUUUUACAAAACAAUUUCACGAUUAGAUGUUAGGAUUGACACUUUUAUACAGUUGCUAACCUGAAGGUACGAAAUUAAAGUUCCUGCAUUUGUUAGUUUUACAUUUAUAACCCAGAGUGUGACAUCAGAGGAAAAUGGCGGCCGUGUGAAUAUGGUGAAUCAUGUAAAAAGGUCUCAGUAGCCUCUGUUAGUGCAUGCCAGUAAGACACAGUUAAUUUCGCUGUUAACUCAUUAGGUUACGUCACACAUUGUGUUCUUAUGAGUCUGGAGAAAAAGCCUUUUUGUGAACUUUAUUUUGACAUUAGCACUUUUUAUGUGAAUGUUUAUUAUUGACUUCACUGCAAUAAAUCACUUUAGUUGUU